UCAUUGAUAACGCGCAACGAAUUGGAUCUCAGGCAAACGCCGGCCAGCUGCACUGUCAAAAAAAUUCGUUAACGGGGCUGCAAGUUCGUAGACAAAGAAAUAAAAUGUUUCAUCGGUCUUAAUGCGCUAUAUCGUGUUUUGCUUAUAAGUAAUGCUGACAUUCUACCAAGGUCUAGUUUCUCGAACCGAUGCGCUGUUCAUUGAUUCUUCGUUCGUAUUUUCGCAGCGCGUGUGUUUAAUUAUAUAGCUUCAUGCGGAUUACUGUGCCAAUGGCAAAAGCAACAACGAAACCAGCAAAUUAAUUUAAUCGUGUACAAUCUGCAUGUGGCUACCAAUUUGAGUUUCCCCUCAAAUUGGCGCGAUAAUGAUAUAAACACAAAGACAACUGAAAUCGAAUAAAGUUCGCAAAAUGUCGGCAAUUCAAAAUGAUAUGGUUUUAGACUUCUAUAUAUGUUGGAUAGUCGCAUGCAGCUUUUAGCCAGCUUGGAAAUCAUAAUGAACAAUAGCAUCUGCCAUUGGAGAGUCCGCCAACCUCAGUCUCUACGCCAGAUUCGUAACGCAACUUUGUCCAGGUUAAUUCGGAAGUCGAAUCCAGUUCAAUCACCAUCCAGCAACAUUGUGGAAUUCCCAUACAGGAAAAGAAAAAGCUGGGAGUGAGCCGAAGUCAUAUAAAAUACAUAGCAGCAAAGUGGAAAAAUUGCGGAAAGCAGGAAAUGAAUAUGCAAAAAAGGGCAGAAGGGAUAUGAAAAAUGCAAAUAACCAAAUCGAGUUCAAUGAGAAAUGCAGCUAACUCUAAGCCGAGCGUAUUUACACAAUUUCACAUGCAAGGCAACAGCAGUGGUGUUCAGGUAGUUCGGGGCACACAGGACCUGGUCACAGUCCGAAUACAAAUGCGACUCACUGUGCAGAUAGCUAAUUGUGGCUGACUGGUAAACCGAAGAAGCAAAAGCGUCGCAUGAAAAAUGCAUUAAAUGCAGCCACAAAAUAGAGCAAAGAGUAAAACCAAUCAAACGACAAAAAAAGGGAAAUUGCACAUACUGAGCGCAGAGCAAAACAAAAGAAUGACAAAACCAGUUAGCGAAUAUAAAAAUUGAUUUCUGCGGUCUGGAUAGCGGAUAUUGCUCAUAUAUGUACGUCAAUCGGUUGCAAGGGACGGCGUAACAUAAAAAAUUAGCUGAUUUAUAAAUAAACCAUCGUAUUUGUGGGUAAAAGGACAUAAAAUGCAAAAGCCAGCGCUUAAACUGCGUAGACUCUUCAUCAUUACCGCAGUUUACAUAGCCAGUUUGCCAGGUCUCACUGUGGGGCUGCGGAACGUCAACGUUCGCAUACCGUCCGCCGUUAAGCGUGGCGAUAAUGCGCUUUUAAUCUGCAAUUAUGACAUCGAGAACGACACGCUCUACACGGUAAAAUGGUAUCGGGGCAGGCGGGAGUUCUACCGCUAUACCCCCAAGGAGAAUCCGGCCUGGAAAAUAUUUACCAAAACGAACGAAAUCGAUGUCGAGACUGCCCAAUCGAAUGCCAGCCACGUUCUCCUGCGAAAUGUUCCCACCUCGAUAUCGGGCAAAUUUGCCUGCGAAGUGUCCGCGGACGCACCCACCUUCGACACUUCCAUCGUGGCCGCCGACAUGGAGGUGGUUGAAUUGCCCACCCAACGACCCAUAAUUACCGGCAUCCAUUCAAGAUACCGCCUGGGGGACGUUGUAAAUGGGAACUGCUCAUCGGAUUACUCCAAGCCGGCUGCGAAUCUCACCUGGUGGAUCAACGACAUACAGGUGCCACCCAAUUACCUUCGCAUCUAUGACAUUCAGCGACACGUGGCGGAGCAUCUAGAGUCGGCGGUUUUGGAGAUCAAAUUCGUGGUGACAGUGCAUCACUUCAUCAAGAGUCGCUUAAAGUUGAAAUGUUCGGCAAGGAUACACGAAAUCUACGCGCAGGAAAGCGAAAAACUAAUAGAGGAAGAUCGUCCCAGAUUUCUGGCCUCUGGCAGAUCCCCCGAUAUGAAUAUGUAUCCAUUCGAUCAGCCGGGGGAUGGAGACGGGCAUAACGAACUAUUCUUAAUACAUUCAAAUGCGGCUUGCGGACCAUUUGCCUGGCAUCCGAUUAUGUUUUUGCUGUUGUGGCCAAGUUAUUGGGUUUUGGGCGCCUGGGAGAACUGGGAGAACUGGCUGUGGAACCUGUUGGAGGUUCGACAUCUCGGCAGGGCGGUGCGGUGAUAGGAUGGCCAGUGGCAGGAGAGAUGGACUUCAGGCGGGAAUUGAGACGGAUGAGAGUCCCGGCUCAGACUCGGCAAUAACGGAACCCACAUCUAGCGAAUCGAUUAGCAAAUCAACAGCGAAAGGUCCUCAGCAUACCGCAUAUACCUACUCACAUACACCUACAUACAUCUAUGUUAAGUGCGUAACUGUAACUGUAAAGACAAAUGCAUUUCCAAAGACCCAUACUCCUCUAUUCCUAAGUAAAGUGUAAAUAGACAACGAGCACUUCCUCGCAUACCCAACAGGACUAUAUACUACAUACAUCUAUACAUAUAUAUAUAUAUAUAUAUAUAUAUAUCUACUCUAAGCUGGAUUCUAAAUGUUUGCUUUCGUUGGGUUUUCGACGAUUUAUUGUUAAGAUUGUGGUUUCUAGACAGAUUCAUUGUUGUGUUCGUCUUUGUCUGUACAACUAAAAUGAUUAGCCGUAGCUUUAACUUUAGUGUGAUCUUAAGUUGACAGUGUGCGUAUUGAUGGAAGCCAAAUAAAGAUGGUUUUAUUUGAUCACUUA